AUGGGUGAUUCUUUAGACAAUACGGAGCAUAGUAAUGACUCAUUAAAUGCGACUGUGGUAGAUUAUGCAGCUUUCGCUAAUCAUUUACGUAAAGCUGUAAGUGUUUUAUUACCGGAAGAAGAUUUUAUUCCUCCGGCAUUAAAUGUAGCUCUUGAGGAUUCAACUAAUCAGGAAUGUAUAAAAAAAUUCAUAUCUGAUCCACAAAUUCAAGCGUUAUUUGUUCAAAGGAGUUGCCUUAAAGAAGAUGAGAGCGAUCAACCAUCUGAAGGUGAAGAAGAAAAGGAUAAUGUUACUUAUUAUGUUAGUAAUGAAGUUCAAUUUACUAAUAGCCGAAUGGCAUCUUUGGCUUGUAUUAAACGUGGACUAGUUAUUGAAGCAGAUAAAUCAAUUCAUUCACAAAUUCGUUUUAUAACAUUUUCUGAAGGUUCUCCAUUUGAAACUUUACAUGCUUUCAUAAGUAAAUCUUUGGCACCAUACUUUAAAAGUUAUGUAAAAGAAUCUGGUCGAGCUGAUAGAGAUGGAGAUAAAAUGGCUCCAUCAGUUGAAAAAAAAUUAACAGAAUUAGAGAUGGGACUUUUACAUUUACAACAGAAUAUCGAUAUACCAGAAAUUACAUUAACAGCUCAUCCAUUAGUACAGAGCGUUAUUAAACAAUGUAAUGAUGAAGGACGUAAAGCAAAAGUUUCCGAUUUUGGUGAAAAGGUUGAAGAUUCAAGUUUUCUUAAUGCAUUACAUAAUGGUGUUAAUAGAUGGAUUAAAGAAAUAAAGAAAGUAACAAAAUUAGAUCGUGAUCCAUCAUCAGGAACAGCAUUACAAGAAAUAUCAUUUUGGUUAAAUCUUGAACGGGCUCUUUAUCGUAUUCAAGAAAAACGUGAAUCACCAGAAGUUGCUCUAACUUUGGAUAUAUUGAAACAUGGUAAACGGUUUCAUGCAACUGUAAGUUUUGAUACUGAUACUGGAUUAAAACAAGCUCUUGCAAUGGUUGCCGAUUAUAAUCCAUUGAUGAAAGAUUUUCCAAUAAAUGAUUUGUUAUCAGCUACUGAAUUGGAAAAAAUUCGUCCAGCAGUACAGCUUAUAUUCUCCCAUUUAAGAAAAGUACGCAGUACUAAAUAUCCAAUUCAGCGAGCAUUGAAAUUAAUUGAAGCAAUUUCAAGAGAUUUAAGCCAACAGCUUCUCAAAGUUCUUGGAACAAGACGCUUAAUGCAUAUUCCAUUCGAUGAAUUUGAAAAAGUAAUGAGCCAAUGCUUUGAAAUAUUUGGAUGCUGGGACGACGAAUAUGAUAAAUUGCAAGGUUUAUUAAGAGACAUUGUUAAAAAGAAGAGAGAUGAACAUUUGAAAAUGGUUUGGAGAGUAUCUCCUGCUCAUAAAAAACUGCAAGCCCGCAUGGAACAUAUGAGAAAAUUCAGACGCCAUCACGAACAACUCAGAACUGUAAUUUUGCGCGUUUUACGACCAUCAAAAAAUCAAAACACUGGUCAGGUUGAAGAUGAACCAGCAGAAUCUAAACAACCAUAUAGUUUAGAUACAACAGAUUCAAAUGCAAUUGAAGAAGUAAAUCUCGCAUAUGAAAAUGUUAAAGAGGUUGAGUGUUUGGAUAUAUCUAAAGAAGGGUCCGAAGCUUGGGAUGCUGCUGUCAAAAGAUAUGAAGAAAGGAUAGAUCGAGUUGAAACACGAAUUACUGCUCAUCUUCGCGACCAACUUGGAACCGCAAAGAAUGCAAAUGAAAUGUUUAGAAUUUUCUCCAGAUUUAAUGCAUUAUUUGUUCGACCACAUAUUCGUGGCGCUAUCCGUGAAUAUCAAACGCAAUUGAUUCAACGUGUCAAAGAUGAUAUUGAAGCUCUACAUGAGAAAUUCAAGAUUCAAUACCCACAAAGCAAAAGUUAUCGUCUUUCUGUAGUUCGUGAUUUACCACCAGUCGCUGGAUCUAUUAUUUGGGCAAGGCAAAUUGAUAAUCAAUUGACAAUGUAUUUGAAACGUGUAGAAGAUGUUCUCGGAAAAGGAUGGGAAACUCAUAUUGAUGGGCAGAAAUUAAAAGCUGAUGGAGAUAGUUUUCGAGCUAAGCUUUCAAUUUCAGAAGUUUUUCAAGAUUGGGCAAGAAAAGUACAAGAACGUAAUUUUGGAAAUAAUGGUAGAAUAUUUACAAUUGAACCAGCAAGAUCUCGUAUUGGACGCGGAAGCAUUUUGAAAUUACGUGUCAAUUUCUUACCUGAAAUAAUAACAUUGUCUAAAGAAGUAAGAAAUAUUAAGAAUUUGGGUUUCCGUGUGCCAUUGGCAAUCGUAAAUAAAGCACAUCAAGCUAAUCAAAUAUAUCCUUAUGCUAUAUCUUUGAUUGAAAGUGUAAGGACUUAUGAGAGAACUUUAGAAAAGCUAAAUAACAAUAGGACUCUAGCACAAAAUUCAACAUUCAAGAUUGAAGAGCGAGCAAGUAUAGUCCCCUUGGUAGCCGGAUUACGCAAAGACGUUUUGGGAUUGGUUGCAGAAGGAAUUGGUUUAGUUUGGGAAAGUUUCAAAUUGGAUCCAUAUGUUCAACGCUUAUCAGAAUGUGUCACUCAGUUCCAGGAAAAGGUUGAAGAUUUACUUGUUGUUGAAGAACAAUUGGAUGUUGAUGUAAGAUCAUUAGAAACAUGUCCAUAUAGUGCUGCAACAUUUGCUGAUAUUUUAUCAAAAAUUCAACAUGCUGUUGAUGAUUUAUCUUUGCGUCAAUAUUCAAAUUUACAUGUAUGGGUACAACGAUUAGAUGAAGAAGUUGAGAAAAAGUUAGCGGCACGAUUACAGCAUGGUGUACAAGCGUGGACUGAUGCUUUAACUGGAAAUAAAAAGGAAAUUGAUCUAUCAAUGGACACUGAUGCUCCAGCUCAACCAACUCACAAGCCGGGUGGUGAGCCACACAUUCAAAAUACAAUCCAUGAAAUUCGUAUUACGAAUCAACAAAUGUAUUUAUACCCAUCAAUUGAGGAAGCAAGAUUCCAAAUUACUCAGCAACUAUUCGCUUGGGAAGCAAUUGUAACAUCUCAAACACGUUUACAAAGCUCUCGUUAUCAAGUUGGUUUAGAUAAACCAGUGCUACAAACUUAUCGCAACCUGUUGACUAAAUUACCAGCAGGUUCCGAUACAUUAGAACAUGCAUACGAAGCGAUAGAAAAUAAAAUUAAUGAAGUUCAUAAUUAUGUAGAUGAAUGGUUACGUUAUCAAAGUUUGUGGGACUUGCAACCAGACAUUUUGUAUGGUCGUUUGGGUGAGGAUGUUAAUUUAUGGAUAAAGUGUUUGAACGAUAUCAAAAAAUCUCGAACUACAUUUGACAAUUCUGACACCCGUAGGGCUUACGGACCUAUUAUCAUCGAUUACGCAAAAGUUCAAGCUAAGGUUACUUUGAAGUAUGAUUCAUGGCAUAAAGAGGCCUUAGGCAAAUUCGGAACUCUUUUGGGUACAGAAAUGACAACAUUCCAUUCUAAAGUUUCAAAAUCAAGAAAUGAUUUGGAAAUGCAGAGUAUUGAGGCGGCAAGUACUUCAGACGCAGUAAGUUUUAUCACAUAUGUUCAAGCUUUGAAAAAAGACAUGUUAGUAUGGGACAAACAGGUCGAAGUUUUCCGUGAAGCUCAAAGAAUUUUGGAAAGACAACGCUUCCAAUUUCCUAAUUCUUGGCUUCAUGUUGAUAACAUUGAAGGUGAAUGGUCAGCAUUUAACGAAAUUAUGAAACGUAAGGAUUCUGCUAUUCAAACUCAAGUAGCGAGUUUACAAGCUAAGAUCGUUGCUGAGGAUAAAGCAGUUGAAAAUAGGACUCUGGACUUCCUAAACGAUUGGGAGAAAAAUAAACCAGUCGGUGGAAAAAUUCGACCAGAUGACGCUUUGCAACAUUUACAAUUAUUUGAAAGCAAAUAUUCAAGAUUGAAGGAAGAAAGGGAUAAUGUCGCCAAAGCUAAAGAAGCAUUGGAGUUACAAGAAUCAGCUAUUCAAAAUAACAGCUCGGAAAGAAUGAAUGUUGUAUUGGAAGAACUUCAAGAUUUACGUGGAGUUUGGAGUGAACUAUCUAAAGUAUGGACUCAAAUUGAUGAGACACGUGAAAAACCAUGGCUUUCCGUUCAACCUCGCAAACUUCGUCAACAAUUGGAAUCUAUGAUGACACAAUUGAAAGAGCUCCCUGCUCGUUUGCGUAUGUAUGAAAGCUAUGAAUAUGUGAAAAAAUUAAUUCAAAGCUACAUCAAAGUAAAUAUGCUAAUUGUCGAAUUAAAGUCUGACGCUCUCAAAGAACGACAUUGGAAACAACUUACAAAACAAUUGAAAGUCAAUUGGAUCAUUUCAGAUUUAACGUUAGGUCAAGUCUGGGAUGUAAAUCUUUUGAAAAAUGAAUCGAUUGUGAAAGACAUAAUAUUAGUUGCACAAGGUGAAAUGGCCUUAGAAGAAUUUUUAAAACAAGUGCGAGAAUCUUGGCAAAGUUAUGAAUUGGAUCUUAUAAAUUAUCAAAAUAAAUGCCGUAUAAUUCGUGGUUGGGAUGAUCUUUUUAACAAGGUUAAAGAGCAUAUUAAUUCUGUUGCUGCAAUGAAACUUUCUCCGUACUACAAAGUAUUUGAAGAAGAAGCAUUAACAUGGGAGGAAAAAUUAAAUAGAAUUAAUGCUUUAUUCGAUGUUUGGAUUGACGUUCAGCGACGUUGGGUUUAUUUAGAAGGCAUAUUUUCUGGAAGCGCGGAUAUCAAAACAUUAUUGCCUGUUGAGACCUCCCGCUUUCAAAGUAUCAGUUCGGAAUUUUUGGGUUUAAUGAAAAAAGUUACUAAAUCACCUAAAGUUAUGGAUGUUUUAAAUAUUCCUGCUGUUCAAAGAUCACUCGAAAGAUUAGCAGAUUUGCUCGGUAAAAUACAGAAAGCUUUGGGUGAAUAUCUUGAACGUGAAAGAACAUCAUUUCCUCGUUUUUACUUCGUUGGCGACGAAGAUUUGUUGGAAAUUAUUGGUAAUAGCAAGAAUGUUGCUCGUUUGCAAAAACAUUUCAAAAAAAUGUUUGCUGGCGUUGCUGCAAUAAUAUUAAAUGAAGAUAACACAAUAAUUCAAGGUAUUGCUUCUAGGGAAGGUGAAGAAGUUAAAUUUAUUCGUCCCGUUAACACUGUAGAACACCCGAAAAUUAAUGAAUGGUUGACACUUGUUGAGAAAGAAAUGAGGUUCUCAUUAGCUUCUUAUUUAGCUCAAGCUGUUCAAGAUAUUAAACAGUUUAGAGAUGGUGCGAUUGAUCCACAAAAGUAUAUGGAAUGGUGCGAUAAAUAUCAGGCUCAAAUUGUAGUAUUGGCUGCUCAAAUUUUAUGGUCUGAAGACGUGGAAACAGCUCUACAACAAGCCUCUGACAAUGCAAACAGCAAACCUUUAAAUCGAGUAUUGACGACAGUGGAAAAAACUUUAAACGUUCUUGCAGAUUCCGUUCUACAAGAACAACCUCCUUUACGUCGUCGUAAGCUCGAACAUUUGAUCAACGAAUUUGUUCAUAAGAGAACUGUCACUCGUCGCCUAAUAUCUAAUGGCGUAACAUCACCAAAAUCUUUCCAGUGGUUAUGCGAAAUGCGUUUUUAUUUUGAUCCAAGGCAAACCGAAGUUCUUCAACAACUAACAAUUCAUAUGGCAAAUGCGCGUUUCUUCUAUGGAUUUGAGUACCUGGGUGUCCAAGAUAGAUUGGUUCAAACUCCUUUAACUGAUCGGUGUUAUUUAACUAUGACCCAAGCAUUAGAAUCCCGUUUAGGUGGUUCACCUUUUGGACCUGCAGGCACUGGAAAAACAGAAUCUGUAAAAGCUUUGGGUAAUCAGCUGGGACGUUUUGUCCUUGUAUUUAAUUGCGAUGAAACAUUUGAUUUCCAAGCUAUGGGAAGAAUAUUUGUUGGUCUAUGUCAGGUAGGAGCGUGGGGAUGUUUCGAUGAAUUUAAUCGUUUAGAAGAACGUAUGUUAUCUGCUUGCUCUCAGCAAAUUCAAACAAUCCAAGAAGCAUUAAAAUCACAACAAGAUAAUAAUAAAGAAAGCAUAUCUGUGGAACUUGUUGGCAAACAAGUUCGGGUGUCAACCGAUAUGGCUAUAUUUAUUACAAUGAACCCUGGUUACGCGGGUCGUUCUAAUUUGCCAGACAAUUUGAAAAAAUUAUUCCGUUCUCUUGCAAUGACCACACCAGAUCGACAACUUAUUGCAGAGGUAAUGUUAUUCAGUCAAGGCUUCAGAUCAGCAGAGAAACUUGCAUGCAAAAUUGUUCCAUUCUUUAAACUAUGUGAUGAACAAUUGUCGAACCAAUCGCAUUAUGACUUCGGUUUAAGAGCCUUAAAGUCAGUACUUGUAAGCGCAGGUAACGUAAAACGUGACCGUAUUCAAAAAAUUAAGGAAAAUAUGAGCCAACGCGGAGAAGAGAAUAUUGAUGAGGCUUCUAUUGCUGAAAAUUUACCAGAACAAGAAAUAUUAAUUCAAUCGGUAUGUGAAACAAUGGUCCCGAAAUUGGUAGCCGAAGACAUACCGCUACUAUUCUCUUUGUUAAAUGAUGUUUUCCCGAAUGUUGGCUACACUCGAGCAGAAAUGAAAGGCUUGAAAGAUGAAAUACGUAAAGUUUGCGGUGAGGAGUAUCUAGUAUGCGGUGAAGGUGAUGAGCAAGGGAACGCUUGGAUGGAAAAGGGAUUCGGAGAAACCUGGGUAGAAAAAGUGUUACAACUGUAUCAAAUAUCAAACUUAAAUCAUGGUUUGAUGAUGGUCGGUCCUUCAGGAUCGGGAAAAUCCACCGCUUGGCGAGUAUUGCUUAAAGCUCUAGAGAGAUAUGAAGGUACAGAGGGUGUUGCACAUGUAAUAGAUCCAAAAGCAAUAUCUAAAGAAGCUUUGUAUGGUGUGCUUGAUCCAAAUACUCGUGAAUGGACUGAUGGUCUAUUUACACAUAUUUUGCGUAAAAUAAUCGAUAAUGUGAGGGGAGAAAUAAAUAAACGUCAAUGGAUUAUAUUUGACGGCGAUGUAGAUCCGGAAUGGGUUGAAAAUUUGAAUUCAGUACUUGAUGAUAAUAAAUUGCUUACUUUACCAAACGGAGAACGUUUAUCAUUGCCACCAAAUGUUCGUGUUAUGUUUGAAGUUCAAGAUUUAAAGUACGCUACGUUAGCAACCGUUUCCCGUUGUGGCAUGGUAUGGUUUUCUGAAGAUGUUUUAUCAACUGAAAUGAUCUUUGAAAAUUAUUUAUCGCGUUUGCGUCACAUUCCAUUGGAAGAUACUGAUGAAGAUUUCAUUGGGGCCAGUGGUAUUAAAAGUUCAACAGAAAAAGAAGAGGAAAUAUCACCAGCAUUACAGACUCAACGUGAAAUUGCAGCUCUUAUGCAACCAUAUUUUUCAUCUGAUGGAGUUGUAGUUCGUUGUUUAGAAUAUGCAAUGGAACAAGAACAUAUUAUGGAUUUCACGCGGUUAAGAGCACUCAGUUCUUUAUUUUCUAUGUUGAAUCAAUGUGCCAGAAAUAUUUUAAAUUUCAAUUCGCAACAUCCAGAUUUUCCUAUAUCACCAGAGCAAAUGGAGCAAUAUAUACCUAAAGCAUUAAUUUAUUCGUUGUUAUGGUCAUUCGCUGGUGAUGCUAAACUAAAAGUUCGUAGUGAUUUGGGAGAUUUUAUACGAAGUGCAACUACAGUGCAAUUACCUGGAACUAUUGGAGUACCAAUUAUCGACUUUGAAGUAAAUAUGUCUGGAGAGUGGGUACCAUGGUCAAAUAAAGUUCCUGUAAUAGAAGUUGAAACACACAAAGUGGCUGCGCCAGAUGUAGUUGUGCCAACUUUGGACACAGUUAGACAUGAAUCGUUGCUUUAUACUUGGUUAGCUGAACAUAAACCAUUAGUACUUUGUGGGCCGCCUGGAUCUGGCAAAACAAUGACUUUGUUCUCCGCAUUAAGAGCUUUGCCUGAUAUGGAGGUUGUUGGUUUAAAUUUUUCAUCGGCAACAACACCUGAACUUUUACUUAAAACUUUCGAUCAUUAUUGCGAAUAUCGAAAAACUCCAAAUGGAGUAGUUUUAUCACCUGUUCAAAUUGGAAAAUGGUUAGUUCUAUUUUGCGAUGAAAUUAACUUACCAGAUAUGGAUGCUUACGGAACUCAGAGAGUUAUAUCAUUCUUGAGACAACUUGUUGAACAUAAAGGUUUUUAUCGCUAUAGUGACCAAGCAUGGGUAAGUUUGGAACGUAUACAGUUUGUUGGAGCAUGUAAUCCACCAACAGAUCCAGGAAGAAAGCCUUUAAGUCAUCGAUUCUUAAGACACGUGCCAAUAAUUUAUGUCGAUUAUCCAGGUGAAACAUCACUUAAACAAAUUUAUGGAACAUUUAGCCGUGCCAUGUUGCGUUUAAUGCCAGCGUUGCGAGGUUAUGCAGAGCCUUUAACUAACGCAAUGGUAGAAUUUUAUUUAGCUUCACAAGAUCGCUUUACACAAGAUAUGCAACCACAUUACGUUUAUUCACCUCGUGAAAUGACAAGAUGGGUUCGUGGAAUCUGUGAAGCUAUUCGCCCAUUGGAUAAUUUGUCUGUUGAAGGAUUGGUUCGCCUGUGGGCACAUGAAGCAUUGAGACUUUUCCAAGAUCGUUUGGUGGAAGAUUCCGAAAGACGCUGGACAAAUGAUAACAUAGAUGUUGUUGCUAUGAAACACUUCCCUGGAGCAGAUUCAGAAAAAGCACUAAUUAGACCCAUCCUUUACAGUAAUUGGUUGUCUAAAGAUUAUAUGCCCGUAAAUAGAGAGGAAUUGAGAGAUUACGUUCGUGCUAGAUUAAAAGUUUUCUAUGAAGAAGAAUUAGAUGUACCACUUGUAUUAUUCGAUGAAGUUUUAGAUCACGUAUUGAGAAUCGACAGAAUUUUCCGUCAACCACAAGGCCAUUUGCUAUUGAUAGGCGUUUCUGGUGCUGGUAAAACAACUUUGUCGAGAUUUGUUGCUUGGAUGAAUGGGCUCUCCAUUUUCCAAAUUAAGGUCCACAACAAAUAUACAAGUGAAGAUUUUGAUGAGGAUUUACGAUGUGUUCUAAGGCGAUCAGGUUGUAAAGAUGAGAAAAUUGCUUUUAUUUUGGACGAGUCUAAUGUCCUAGAUUCCGGAUUCUUAGAAAGAAUGAAUACUUUACUCGCUAACGGAGAAGUUCCGGGCUUGUUCGAAGGUGAUGAAUAUACUACACUUAUGACACAAUGCAAAGAAGGUGCACAACGUGAAGGUUUAAUGUUAGAUUCAAAUGACGAAUUAUAUAAAUGGUUUACCCAACAAGUUAUGAAAAAUCUUCACGUAGUUUUUACAAUGAAUCCUUCAACUGAUGGAUUAAAGGAUCGUGCUGCUACUUCGCCUGCUUUGUUUAAUCGUUGCGUUCUUAACUGGUUUGGAGAUUGGUCUGAUUCUGCUCUAUUUCAAGUUGGCAAGGAAUUUACCAUUCGUGUUGAUUUGGAAAAACCUAAUUGGCCAGCACCUGAUUUCUUCCCAUCUGCUUGUAAUUUAAUACCGGCAAAUCCAUCUCAUCGUGAUGCAGUUAUUAAUGGUUUUGUCUAUGUGCAUCAAACAUUACAUCAGGCAAACGCAAGACUCGCAAAACGAGGCGGACGGACAAUGGCUAUAACUCCACGUCAUUACUUAGAUUUCAUACAUCAUUUUGUAAAAUUAUAUUCUGAAAAACGAAGUGAUCUAGAAGAACAACAAUUGCAUUUAAAUGUUGGCUUAAACAAAAUCGCAGAAACUGUUGAACAAGUUGAAGAAAUGCAAAAAUCACUUGCUGUAAAAUCACAAGAAUUACAAGCUAAAAAUGAAGCAGCUAACGCAAAAUUAAAACAAAUGUUUAAAGAUCAACAAGAAGCCGAAAAGAAAAAGGUUCAAUCACAAGAAAUUCAAAUUCAAUUAGCUGAACAAACCGUGAAAAUUGAACAAAAACGGAAAGAUGUUAUGGCCGACUUAGCUCUUGUAGAACCCGCUGUUAUUGAAGCUCAAAAUGCCGUAAAAUCUAUUAAGAAACAACAACUUGUUGAAGUGCGUUCAAUGACAAAUCCUCCAGCUGCUGUUAAAUUAGCAUUAGAAUCAAUAUGCUUACUACUUGGUGAAAAUGCAACUGAUUGGAAAGCAAUUCGUGCUGUUAUUAUGAGAGAAAACUUUAUAAAUUCAAUUGUAUCUAACUUCAGUACUGAAGAUAUAUCUGAUGAUGUUCGUGAAAAAAUGAGGACCAAAUAUCUUAGUAAUCCAGAUUACAACUUCGAAAAAGUUAAUCGAGCAAGUAUGGCUUGUGGUCCUAUGGUAAAAUGGGCAAUAGCACAGAUCGAGUAUGCAGAUAUGUUGAAGCGCGUUGAACCUUUGCGUGAAGAAUUACAAUCUUUAGAAGAUCAAGCUUCAUUAAAUAUGAAACACGCACAAGAAACUAAAGAUUUGAUAACACAACUAGAACAAAGUAUUGCUGCUUAUAAAGAAGAAUACGCUCAAUUGAUUUCGCAAGCUCAAGCUAUUAAAACUGAUUUGGAAAAUGUUCAAGCUAAAGUGGAUCGUUCAAUUGCUUUACUAAAGAGUUUGAAUAUUGAAAGAGAACGUUGGGAGGCAACAAGUGAAACUUUCAGAUCACAAAUGUCAACUAUAAUUGGAGAUGUUUUGUUAUCUGCUGCUUUUAUAGCUUAUGGUGGUUACUUUGAUCAGCAUUAUCGUACCAGUUUAUUUUCAACAUGGUGUCAUCAUUUACAAUCUGCAAAUAUUCAAUAUCGCCCAGAUAUUGCGCGUACCGAAUAUUUAUCUAAUCCAGAUGAAAGAUUACGUUGGCAGGCUAAUGCACUUCCUUCAGAUGAUUUGUGUACAGAAAAUGCUAUUAUGUUAAAACGAUUCAAUCGAUAUCCGUUAAUUAUUGAUCCUUCUGGACAGGCAACUGAAUUUAUAAUGAAUGAAUUUGCAGGGAAAAAGAUUACAAAAACCAGUUUUCUGGAUGAUUCAUUCCGAAAAAAUUUGGAAUCAGCAUUACGUUUUGGCAAUCCGUUAUUGGUUCAAGAUGUAGAAAACUAUGAUCCAAUAUUAAAUCCAGUUUUAAAUCGCGAGUUACGUCGUACAGGCGGACGUGUUUUGAUAACAUUAGGAGACCAAGAUAUCGAUUUAUCGCCAUCAUUCGUAAUAUUUUUAUCUACACGUGAUCCAACUGUUGAAUUUCCUCCAGACAUAUGCUCUCGAGUAACAUUCGUGAACUUUACAGUUACCCGAAGCUCUUUACAAUCUCAAUGUUUGAAUCAAGUUUUGAAAGCCGAACGUCCAGACAUUGAUGAAAAGCGAUCAGAUCUAUUGAAACUUCAAGGAGAAUUCCGUUUAAGAUUACGUCAAUUGGAAAAGAGCUUAUUGCAAGCGUUGAAUGAUGCUAAAGGAAAAAUUUUGGAUGAUGAUUCAGUAAUAACUACCCUAGAAACUCUUAAAAAGGAGGCAUACGAUAUAAAUCAAAAAGUGGAUGAAACGGACAAAGUUAUUGCUGAAAUUGAAACAGUGUCGCAACAGUACUUACCACUUUCUGUUGCUUGCAGUAAUAUUUAUUUUACCAUGGACAGCUUAAAUCAAGUUCAUUUCUUGUAUCAAUAUUCGUUGAAAAUGUUUUUGGAUAUAUUCAACACUGUUUUAUAUAAUAAUCCAAAACUGGAAGGAAAAACUGAUUAUAGCACUCGCCUUGGUAUCAUAACGAAAGAGCUAUUCUCAGUAUGUUAUGAACGAGUCGCAAGAGGAAUGCUUCACAAUGAUCGUUUAACAUUUGCACUGUUGAUGUGUAAAAUACAUCUCAAAGGUAUCCCUCAAGAAACCAAUUUAGAUCAAGAAUUCAACUUCUUCUUAAGAAGCAGAGAAGGUUUGAUUACUAUCUCGGAUAAAGUAGAUGGUUUGACUCAGGAGCAAUUAGAAGGCAUAACCCGUUUGUCGAGUCGUUUAAUACUUUUCCGUAAAUUGAUUGAAAAGAUUAAAUCAAUGCCUGAAAUUGUAGCGUGGUUACAGCAAGGAACUCCUGAACAAUGCGUUCCUCAGCUAUGGGAUGAGUCAAAGGCAUUAUCUCCAGUUGCAACGUCAAUGUACCAACUUUUGUUAAUUCAGGCUUUUAGACCUGACAGAGUAUGCGCUGCUGCACACAAUUUUGUUUCUACAGUAAUUGGAGAGGACUUUAUGCCUUUAGCUGAGGCUGAAUUAGAUUUUGCAUUGUGCGUCGAAAAACAACUUAAUUGCAAUACACCUGCUUUGUUAUGUUCUGUUCCAGGAUUUGAUGCGUCAGGUCGAGUAGAUGAUUUGGCAGCUGAAAUGAAUAAGCAGGUUGCAAGUAUUGCUAUUGGUUCAGCUGAAGGUUUUAAUCAAGCUGAUCGGGCAAUUAAUGCAGCUUGCAAAAGUGGCCGCUGGGUGUUACUUAAAAAUGUGCAUUUGGCUCCUCAAUGGCUUGUUCAAUUAGAAAAGAAACUACAUUCCCUGCAGCCACAUUCUGGAUUUAGAUUGUUCCUCACAAUGGAAAUAAGUCCAAGAGUUCCAGUAAAUCUGUUAAGGGCUGGCAGAAUUUUCGUUUAUGAACCACCCCCAGGUAUUCGUGCUAAUUUAUUGCGUACUUUCUCAACUGUACCAGCUACACGUAUGAUGAAAGCACCCAGUGAACGUGCACGCUUAUACUUCUUAUUGGCCUGGUUCCAUGCUAUAGUUCAAGAAAGAUUACGAUACGUACCCUUAGGCUGGGCUAAAAAAUACGAAUUUAAUGAAUCAGAUUUGCGUGUCGCUUGUGAUACUCUUGACACAUGGAUCGAUACUACAGCUAUGGGUAGAACAAAUUUACCACCAGAGAAAGUUCCAUGGGAUGCUUUGGUAACAUUGCUAUCUCAAAGUAUUUAUGGAGGAAGAAUUGAUAAUGAUUUCGAUCAACGUCUGUUAACAUCAUUCUUAUCGAAAUUAUUCACUGCACGUAGUUUUGAGGGAGAUUUUGCUUUAGUUGCAAAUGUAGAUGGUGUUGCAGGUGGACCAAAUGGUCAAAGACAUAUAACAAUGCCUGACGGAACCAGGCGCGAUCAUUUCUUAAAAUGGAUUGAAAAUUUGUCUGACAGACAAACACCAUCUUGGCUUGGUUUGCCAAAUAAUGCGGAAAAGGUUCUUUUAACUACUCGAGGAACUGACUUAAUAAGUAAACUUUUGAAAAUGCAACAACUCGAAGACGAUGAUGAAUUAGCAUACACUACUGAUGAGAGUGUUGACAAUUCUAUGACUCAGCGGCAAGAAGAUGGUAGACCAUCUUGGAUGAAAACCUUACAUAAUAGUGCCACUGCUUGGCUAGAUUUAUUACCCAAAAACCUUACAACCUUAAGACGAACUGUCGAAAAUAUCAAGGAUCCAUUAUACCGCUACUUUGAGCGUGAAGUUACAAGUGGAGCUAAAUUAUUGCAAACAGUUAUAUCUGACUUACAAGACGUAGUUUUGAUUUGCCAAGGCGAAAAGAAACAAACAAAUCAUCAUCGCACUAUGUUGGCUGAUCUGGUUAGAGGAAUCAUACCAAAAGGGUGGAAACGGUAUACGGUUCCUGUUGGAUGUACCGUAAUUCAAUGGAUAACAGAUUUCAGUAAUAGGAUUCAGCAAUUGCAAAAGGUUUCAAAAUUAGUAUCUCAGGCUGGGGCAAAAGAACUACAAGGCUUUCCAGUUUGGCUUGGUGGACUUCUCAACCCUGAAGCUUACAUCACUGCCACACGACAAUGUGUAGCACAAGCAAACAGUUGGUCCUUGGAAGAGCUAGCACUAGAAGUUACAAUAACUGAAUCUGGUGUUGAUGCGGACAAAAAGGACAGCAGUUUUGGAGUUACAGGUUUAAAAUUACAAGGUGCUCAAUGUAAAAACAACCAACUUCUUCUAACAUCAACUAUAAUGAUGGAUCUGCCUCUUACUGUUUUAAAAUGGAUAAAAACUGGCAGUGAUCGCCCUGGCAAGCUAACACUUCCUGUAUAUUUGAAUUCAACUCGCACAGAAUUGCUCUUUACGGUUGAUUUAGCAGUUGCACCUGGUCAAGAUCCUCAUAGCUUUUAUGAAAGAGGUGUAGCGGUAUUAACUUCCACAGCACUUAACUAAAGUUUAAAUGAACAUUAUAAACAAUUUAAUAAUUAUAAUCAACAUAAAUAUUUUUUAUGAUUCAAGAUUUAAAUGUUAUUAUCCUUAAUAUUGAAAAUUAAUAAAUAAUUACAUAAUCAAAAAAAAAAAAUGUUAAACAUUAUUGUAGAACUACUCAAUUAUUCAAAUGAAAUAAAUGCAUGAAAUAUAUUCCAA